AUGACUGAAUCAAAGGAUGUUCAUAUGAAAGACGCUCAGGAAGACCAAUCUGCUUCUGAAGUUGAAACUUUAGUCAAAGAAAUUGAGCAAUCAUUUACCUUAUUGGGUAAAGUAGCCACAACAUUUGAUAACAGAUACAUUUCUAAAGUAUUUAGAGAUUUGGGUCCAUUGAGAAGAAAGUUAGUUAAAAAUGGAGAUUCUGUUUUACCAAUUGUUAUAAAAAACACAUAUAGUCAAGAUCACCCAUCAAAAAACUAUUUGUUAGAAUACUUGGGUGCUUCGCCAUCAUCGGGCAGUGACAAAAUGGAUGUUGAUAAUACUUCUAUUCUCCCUGAAGUUGAAUUGUAUUUACACCUUUUAGUACAAGUGUACCUUUUGGACACAGAUAAAUUGCAAGCCUUGAACGAAUUAAGUGAAAAAGUUGUUCAAUUGAUGAAAUCCUUCAAUAGACGUUCCUUAGAUUUUAUUCAAGCCAAAGUAUGGUUCUACGUUUGCAGAGCUAAAGAGUUGAUUGGGGAUUUAUAUUCAAUCCGUCCAGAAUUAUUAUACAGUUUGAGAACUGCCACUUUAAGACAUGAUAUCGAAACAACUGCAUCUAUCAUCACAUUACUAUUAAGAAACUAUUUAUUGUCUCAUGAUGUGAAUCAAGCAUCUAAUUUGGUUGAAAAAGUCGAAUUCCCUGAAAAUGCAGGUAACGCAUUAGUUGCAAGAUAUUACUACUACUUGGCAAGAAUCAAUGCUAUUCAAUUGGACUAUUCCACUGCCAAUGAAUGCGUCAUUGCAGCCAUCAGAAAGGCACCACAAACUUCAUUGGCCAACGGUUUCCUUCAAGCUGCCACAAAGUUAAGCAUUGUUAUUGAAUUGUUGAUGGGUGACAUUCCAGAAUUGAAAGUUUUUAAGAAUAAACAAGGAAAUCUUGAGCCAUACUUUAACGUUACAAAGGCUGUCAGAUUGGGUGAUAUCAAAUUAUUUGGAGAAGUGUUGAAGAAACAUGAAGCUGAUUUCAAGAGAGAUGAUAACUUUACUUUAGUUUCUAGAUUACGUCAAAAUGUCAUCAAAACAGGUAUUAGAAUUAUUUCAUUAUCAUAUGCAAAGAUCUCAUUGAAGGAUAUUUGUAUAAAAUUACAUUUGGACUCCGAAGAAUCUACAGAAUAUAUUGUUUCAAAAGCAAUUAGAGAUGGUGUUAUAGAAGCCAGUAUCAAUCACGAAAAGGGAUACAUGCAAAGUAAUGAAUUAUUGGAUGUUUACUCUACAAAGUUACCACAACAAGAGUUUGAUCAAAGAAUCAAGUUUUGUUUGUCAUUGCAUAAUGAAAGUGUCAAGGCUAUGAGAUAUCCAACUGAUAAUGAAAAAGAAAAUACCAACAAGGAGGUUGAACCAAGUGAUGAAGUUGAAUUAUUGAAAGCUAUUGAAGAAGGUGAUUUAGAUGAUUUUAUGGAUUAA